AUGCGACAAGAAAUAGUUAAAGCAAAAGAACAAAACUCAAAUAAAACUCUUUAUAAAGCUUAUCAAUCCGAGGAAUCAUUCAAUCAAUCAAUCAUGAAAGAUUUGUUUAAGAAUGCCAAUAAAAGAACUGAAAUGAAUUCUGCUAUUGAAAAAUAUCCUAUUGUACUCCAUAAAGAUGGAACUGAUAAGUCGUUUACUCGAGCUACCUAUUCAGAAGUUCUUCAUCUUUAUAAACUAGCAACAGGUGGACAAAUGAUGAAGGCAGAAGAUAAAGAUAAAUAUUUACCCUCUAAAUUUCUACAACUCAAAGAAAAAUGGUAUCUAUCCAAUAUCAUAGAAUCAUUAUUUGUUGACAGAAUGAUUGCAGAUAUAUUUCUUAAAAUUUCGAUGAAACAAAGAUUGCAUGAGAAAGCAGUAAGAGUGCUUUUGAAUGGUAUAAAUUCUCUGGAAAACGUAGAAGAGAAGAUUUUUGGUAAUGUUAGUAAGAGAGAUAAAUGUUUGAAAGCAAUUAUUAAGAGCAAUAAAGCAAGAUAUGGUAAAUGGUUUUCUGGAUUUUUUGAUCGUCAAUAUUUACUCAAAUAUCAGAACGAUUCUGAUCUUGUAUCAGAGAUGACAAGAAAAAUCUAUAAUGAUUGCAUCACAAACCUUGAACAACUUAAGACUACUAUUGCAUUUGAAGUAAACAAAGUUAGAUAUGCAGCAAUCAAAGCUAUUUAUUAUUCUACUAUGACACAUAAUGGAACAUUAGAGAAAGAACAAUUGAAACAUAUUGAACAAUUUCAGAACGAUAAUGACGAAGAAUUUAAAAAAUAUGUCAUAAAAAUAAUUGCAAUACAUGCAGAUAAUAACAAUAUUGACUAUAAAAAACUAUUUAAAACUUGUUUAGAAGAACUUGAAAAAAAUGUCAACGUAGAGGAGUCAAUAUUAUUUCGAGAAUAA